CACAUGGCUGAAAAGCUGGUGGAGGAUUACUUGCUUGAUGGGAAAUAUGAUGAAAGCAACCCCUUGGUCCUGCCCUCAAAAAAGAGCAAGCAAAAAAAGGGGAAGACGGUUACAAUUAAAACAGAAAGAAUUUUAUCGCGAUCUAAAAGGAAGCUUCUUCAGAAACAGGUUGCUAAAAAGCAGAAAAAGUUAACGUCCAAAAAUUGGUGUCAACCAGUGUCCAGUUCUGCUAAUUCGUCUGUGGAUACUGAUGAUUUCACAUCCACAGAAGAAUUUGAGCCGGAAGAUACUGGUCCUACUUCUACUUCUAAAACUUGCGAAGCUGAAACUUUAGACGGUGACCUUCAUGAAAGUCCUUCGAAAAGUGACUUGGUUAAACCAGUGGAAGUGGAAAUCAGCAAACCCGUCCUCUCUGAGACUCGCGUAAAAACAAAAUACGUACUUGUCAACAGAAGUCCUGAAAUCCAAACAUCCCGUCUCGCUCUUCCAAUUGUUGCUGAAGAGGCUAAUAUCAUGGAAAAAAUAAGCGAAAAUGAUGUAGUUAUUAUCUGUGGUGCCACUGGCUGUGGAAAGACGACUCAAGUUCCUCAAUUUCUUUACGAGGCUGGAUACGCGAGAGACGGCUAUAAAAUUGGUGUAACGGAACCAAGGCGUGUCGCUGCAAUUUCCAUGUCCGAACGUGUUUCCGAAGAGCUCGGUUUGAGGAACGGUGAAAUCGGCUACCACAUUCGUUAUGAGAAAAACGUUUCUCAGAAUACCAUAAUCAAAUUUAUGACGGACGGCAUCCUACUUCAAGAAAUGAAAAAGGACUUUCAGCUGUCCUCGUACUCUGCAAUCGUGAUUGACGAAGCCCACGAACGCUCAGUCUACACCGAUGUCCUACUUGGUCUACUUUCCCUCGUAACACGUUUACGUCGACGUGCCUACAACGAGAAUCCUAGCAGCGCUGUCUUACCACUCAAGCUAAUUGUAAUGUCAGCAACAUUGAGGGUUGAGGACUUUGCCGACAAUCGACAGCUUUUUCCCACAAUUGAAGGAGCAGAAGAGCAAAGUGGACACGGUAUAGACGAUGACGAUGAUGAUGAAGAAAAAAAGACGAGGCCUGGUGCACCACCUGUUUUAAAGGUGGGAUCCAGGCAGUUCCCUGUUACGUGCCACUUUUCCCGUUGCACGCCUGAUGACUACUUAAAAGCAGCAUUCCGCAAGGUGGUGAGCAUUCACAAGGAUUCCCCGCCAGGCGGAAUCCUGGUAUUUUUGACUGGUCAACGCGAGGUUCGAACGCUGUGCGAUUGGCUCACCAAGGCAUUUCCAGCAAGUAAAGUAUCAGCUGAUACGAACGAAGAUGCACCCGAGCGAAGGCCCACCAGGAGCAAGGCGAAGAGGCGAAAGCGUUCCAAAGCUGAUGUUGAAGCGAAACCGGAGAAUACUGAAACGACAAGAGAGAGACGAACUCAGAAUCAGGAAAUCUUCACUAAUGCUGCAGAGGCUGGACCUAGAAUGAACGAAGCCCCCUCGAUAUCGCGUUUUAAUUUGGAUAAUUUUGACAUUAUUCCCGUCGACGAGGAAACAGAGUUGGGUCUGGGAAGUGGAAGCAAGCGAACGGGUAGGUCGCCCACAAGAAAUGUCGCAGCGGAUGCUGACGACACUGAGGUGGAGAGUGACGGUGCGAGCGUUGAUGAUGCUCUUGACGACGAGGUCCUCCGUGAACUGCGUGAAUCUGACAAGGAGACACCAGAUACACCGAUUUGUGCCCUCCCUCUUUACUCACUUUUACCUGCGGAUCAACAGAGACGCGUAUUCGAACCCCCGCCUGAAGGUCAAAGACUUGUUGUCGUGGCAACCAAUGUCGCCGAAACAUCACUCACCAUUCCCAAUAUUCGAUAUGUUGUCGACACAGGAAAGGUCAAGUCGAAAAUUUACGAUGCAGGAACUGGUGCCUCGUGCUUCCGCAUUGUCUGGAUUAGCCAGGCCUCGGCAGUGCAGAGAGCAGGUCGGGCGGGCCGAAUCGGGCCGGGCCACUGCUACCGUCUCUACUCCUCUCGGGUCUUCGGCGACGACAUGGCCCCGUUCUCUGCGCCCGACAUCCUCACUCGACCCAUCGACGAAGUCGUGCUGCUGCUGAAGUCAUACUUGGGGAGCACUCCGCUUUCGCGUUUUCCUCUGCCCACACCUCCUUCGGCCAAUUCCGUGGAAGCGGCAGAAAGGCGACUCACUGCUCUGGGCGCACUUGAGGAGAAGAAGAAUGGAUUAGAGGUGACAAGGACAAUAACACGCGCCGGUCGGUGGAUGGCUCGCCUGCCGCUGCCCGCUCGUUUUGCCCGGAUGCUGCUCUUUGCUAACCAGCACAACCUCAUGCCCUAUGCAGUCGUCCUCGUUGCCGUCCUGUCAGUCCCCGACUUCUUCCUGGUCGACUCCCAGUCCGAUUCCCCUGCGACCACAGACGCGAUGGAAUCUGGGAAGAAACGGAAGAGGGGCAACAACGAGGCAGAUAAACUCGCCCAAAUCCGGACAAAUUUUUUCCGUCAGUUCGUUAAGACGGAGGGAGAUUUAAUGCUUGGUGAUUUGGCGGUCCUCAUCGGCUCCGUGUGCUGCUUUGAGAGAUACUGGGGCCAGCUAAUCGGCACGAUUCCAGCCGACGAGGGGAGUGCGCUCCCGUCCAUUGUCGAUCGUGUCUCGCGUGUGAAUCCCGAGGCGACGAUGCGCCAAUUAGUUCAGAAGUGCGGUGUUCGGUGGAAGGCCUAUUUGGAGGUCCGUCAACUCAGACUGCAACUCACAGAUAUCCUGAAUGCCAACGUGCCGGACCUUAACCUACAAGUUGAGCCCGCUCUAGCUAAACCAACACCUACUCAAGUAGAACAACUUAGACAACUGUUUCUAGUGGGUUCGGUGUGUCACUUGGCCGCCAAAUUUGACUUGCCGGUUGAGGGAUUGCCGGUGAAGGACCGUCGACGGCUUAGGUAUGCGUACAAGGCAAAAAGUGCAUUCACUAUUUUGCACGAGCUGCCGUCUGUGCAUGCCGGUCUCGUACCUGGCGUUUCGGACCCUGUAUUUGUCGACCCGAAUUCGCCUCUUGCUCGAGAAAAUUGCACCUUUCUAGCCUACACCGAACUCCACACCAGUUCGAAACCGUUUCUCCGGAAUGUGUGUGCGAUCAACCCGGCUUGGAUACCCUUUCUGGCUCCCCACAGUUACCGCGUUGAAGGAAUCACCGUGAUGGAGUCCACGCCUGUCGAAUCUUCUGCUGAAGACAAAACAUCUUCUGAAGAAACAAAACCAAAGUCUUCCGCCGCAGCCACCGGCCUGCCUGCACCCUACUACGACCCUGAACGCGAUUCUGUCAUGGCGUAUGCCAAACGCGUCUUCUUUAUUGGCUCAGACUUGGCCAACGCGGAUAUUUCGGGUGGCGAUCCAGCAUUCGACCUCCCCUCAUCCCAUGUGCCAAUUCCUUUGCAUGCGGCCCCAGCGGCUGCCUGUAUUGGAGUACACGAGGCUCUUGUUUGGUCAGUUCGGUGGUUCGCACGUUCUCUACUCGAGGGUAAAGUCUACACGAAGGAGCUUGCUGCCUGGUUCCCCAAACGCCUCAAGACAUCCACACCAACCCGCAUGAUCACACUUUCAUGGGGCCUGUAUGUUGUUCGUUCAUGCUGUUUAAAAUUGAUAAUAUCGCAAGGAGUGAUAUUGUGGUCAGUUCGUCCAGAGGUAAGAGACCUGGUUUCAAAAAUGCUCGGAAAGAAAGUCAUCUCGAAGAGGACGCUAGAGGCCUGUUUAUCAGAGGAUGCUCAAUUCCUUUCGAAGGAGCUAACCGCUUGGUUGCCUUCUGAGUGCCACGCGGACUUCCAGUCGAAGUGGCCACCAUGCACAAAGAUCAAUGAAGAUCUAACGUAA